CAGCGCGCGGCGCGGCGGCCCGGGAGCGGGAGCGGGAGCGGGGGCGGCGCGGCCGGGGGUCGAGCCAUGGCGGCCAAGGCGGCGGGCGGGGGGCGCUGGGAGGUGGUGAAGAAGGGCCGGAGGCCGGGGCCCGGCGGCGGCCGUCGCGGAGGCGGCGGGGACCGCCGCGCCCUCGGGGAGGCCAACGGCGUGUGGAAGUACGACCUGACCCCGCCCAUCCAGACCUCGAGCACCCUCUAUGAGCAAGGCUUCGAGAAACUCAUGAAGCGGCAGAACAAGGAGCAGGUCCCCCCGCCUGCCGUGGAGCCCAAGAAGAUGGGGAACAAGCCAGCCAAGAAGGCGGCCCCCGUGGCCAAGCCAGCGGCCCAGCAGCAGGGCCGUUUCCGCAGCCUGGAGGAGGCCCUGAAGGCCCUGGACAUGGCCGCCCUGCAGAAGGAGCUGGACCAGAGCCAGCGCGUGUUCUCCGGGAACCCGUCCGUGUGGCUCAAGGACCUGGCCAGCUACCUCAACUACAAGCUGCAGGUGCCGCCGAGCGAGCCCACCCUGAGCCAGUACUCGCACGAUUACCCCUACAGCCUGGUGAGCCGGGAGCUGCGGGCUGUCAUCCGGGGGCUGCUGAGCAGGGCCGCGGGCUCUCUGGAGCUCUUCUUCGACCACUGCCUCUUCACCAUGCUGCAGGAGCUGGACAAGACGCCAGGGGAGUCGCUGCAUGGCUACCGCAUCUGUAUCCAGGCCGUGCUGCAGGACAAACCCAAGAUCGUGACAGCCAACCUGGGCAAGUUCCUGGAGCUGCUGAGUUCCCACCAGAGCCGACCAGCCAAGUGUCUGACCAUCAUGUGGGCCGUGGGGCAGGCCGGAUUUACCAGCCUCCCUGAGGGCCUGAGAGUGUGGCUGGGCGUCAUGCUGCCCGUGCUGGGCAUCAAGUCCCUGUCCCCCUUCGCCAUCGCCUACCUGGAUCGGCUGCUUCUGAUGCACCCUAACCUCACCAAGGGCUUUGGCAUGAUUGGCCCCAAGGACUUGUUUCCUCUCCUGGACUUCGCCUACAUGCCCAACAACUCGCUGACGCCCAGCCUGCAGGAGCAGCUGUGCCAGCUGUACCCGCGACUGAAGGUGCUGGCGUUCGGGGCGAAGCCGGAAGCCACCCUGCACACCUACUUCCCCUCCUUCCUGUCCCGAGCCACCCCCAGCUGCCCCGCCGAGAUGAAGAGAGAGCUCGUGGGCAGUCUGACCGAGUGCCUGACGGUGGACCCCCACAGCACCAGCGUCUGGAGGCAGCUCUACGCCAAGCACCUGUCACAGUCCAGCGUGCUGCUGGAGCACCUGCUCGCGUCCUGGGAGCAGAUCCCCAAGAAGACGCGGAAGUCUCUGCAGGAGACGGUGCAGGCCUUCAAGCUCACCAACCAGGAGCUGCUCAGGAAGGGCGGCGGGAACCCCGACGUGGGCCCCUGUGAGGCGGCCUGCAAGGGGCUGCUGCAGCAGGCGCGGGGCCUCCGGCUGCCCUGGACCCGGCUUCUCUUGCUGGCACUCGUCUUCGUCCUGGGUUUCCUGUGCCACGACUUCCACUCGCACAGCUCCUUCCAGGCCUCCCUCUCCGGCCGCCUCCUGCACUCCUCCGGUGUCCUGCCUGCCGGCCAGUGGGCCUGUGCACAGCUCUACGCCUCCACCCUGCAUGGCUACAGCUGGAUGGAGAAAACACUUCCGGCCUGGGGCUCCCGGCUGCUGACCACGGCCAGGCCCAGCUUGCAGCUGGCCUGGGACCACGCCAGUGCCGCCAUCAGCCUCCUCUGGGCGCACUGUGCUGCCUCCCUGGGCUGGCUGGGCGACAGCCUCGGCAGCCUCUUGCAGCAGGCGCAGCUGCCCGCCGUCCUGGCGCGGCUCACCCAGUGCCUGCGGGAGCUGCUGCUGCUGCUGCACGAGCAUGUGCUGCUGCCCUGCUGGCAGCUGCUGCUGGCCGCGCUGGCCCGUGCACAGGAGCACUGCCACGAGGCGUGCAGGGGCGAGGUGACCUGGGCCUGCUUGAGGACGCAGCUCAGCGAGGCAGUGCUCUGGGCCUGGCUCCGCCUGCAGGACAUCACCGUGACUCUCUUGGACUGGGCACUGGCCUCGAUGUCCCAGCAGUGACGCCUGCCCGUUGACUCCACUCCAGAGCAGACCCAGAGUUGAGUGGCCGAGGGGGUGGCAGUCAGCCCGGGGGUCUCUCACUUGGUGCCUGAGUCGUGUCUCCUCAGCAGAUGGCCGGUGGUCUCUGGCCCAGCCCUCGCCUCUGUGGUCAAGGUCCAGCCCAGGCCUCGCCUUCUGCCCACAGAACCACUGGAUACUUCGCUGGCCCUGUGGCAUCUGUCUCCCAGCCUCUGUCACCCGCCCUUUCCCUCUCGUGUCCCCUACUGUCAGCUUUCCGUCUGCAAAAGCCCCAGAUGUCACAAAGGGGCCCCUUGGGCAAGUGGGCCUUGAUGCUCUUCAGCUGACAGUCCUGCUGCGAAGACAUUGGUCACCCCCAAAGGAUCCAAGUGGACCCCAGAGUGGGCAGCAGCUUCCUGGUGUUGCUGCCCAUGGACGUGGAGAGUUGGUGGAGAGGGCCCCUGCACUGGCCCUGCUUCCGCUGUCCACCCCGCCAGUGCUGUCCCCCUUCGGAACAACAGUGCAGAUGGUGUGCGCCACCGGUUCAGGGACCUCCCGGCAUUGCAGGGCAC